AUGUGAUCCUGUCUCACAGAAUGCUGAGUCGAACAUAAAAACUCUGCAUAAGCCUGUAGACACGAGAAGAUAGAUUGCAAAGAAACUGAUUCUUCAAAGAACGGAGAUGUAGAGAAACAGGUGUGGAAGAUACAAGAAACAGAAAACGAAAGCGUUAGGGUGUACAUGAUCAGCUCUAAAAAAAAAACACAGGCUGUUAUCCGCCUCAUAGUUGUACAUUACUCAGUAUUUCUUUGAUGGUGUCCGGGGAAAAACGUCUGGAUUCUGUUGUCUCAGGUUGUUGGAAUGUGGAGUUUUUGGAAGAACAGGGAACCAUGGUUGAAGUGGACCGGAUACCUUUGUUUACGGGAAUGUCUUGGACUGUUUCCUGGGAAUUGGAAUGCAUCUUGGAGGGGGAACAUUGUGGGAUUUUUACAGCUGCACCAGAAACAAAAAGUUGGAAAUGGAUGAAAAGCUUUCCUGUUCUGGAGGUUGCCACAGGGGGUCAGCAGAGCGUGGGGUAUGAGUCAUGACAUCUGUGGUGCUCGUAGACAGUGGAGGAGCUGUGGUGGAGUACGUCACUGCAGUGGAUGACCAUUUACCGGAGGAAGGAGUGUGUGAGAUCGAGGGGGAAAUGGAGGGGGAAAUUGAAGGAGAAGUAGAGGGGGAAGUUGAGUAUCCUGCAGUGAUCGUGGAGCCGGUACCCAGCGGACGGAUGGAGCAGGGAUUCUCUGCUCAGGUGCUGGUUUAUGAUGAUGAGACCUACCUGAUGCAGGGUGUAGCUGAAGAGCAGGAGGUGGAGACAGAAGUGCUAGAGACAGUGGAAGCAUCAGUUCAUGGCUCAAUUGUGCAUUGCUCAGACAAAACCAUUGAGGCUGCAGAAGCUCUUCUGCAUAUGGAUUCUCCCUCCAGCUUACGUGGAGACCGGAGCCCAGAGGUCUUCGUGCCUCCAUGUGUCAACACUUCCGAGUUCCUGCACGCCGCCAUGCGGCCCGACGUGCUGACAGAGACCGUUGUAGAGGUCAGCACGGAGGACUCCGAGCCUAUGGAGAUGGUCACGGUUUUUCAGGAACCCGAAGUGAUGGAGACAGAACCCUCUAAGAGAAGAAAAUCCGGGCGGAAACCCAAACCCCAUCACAUUUCAAACGGAUCCCCGGAUCUAGGCAUCAAGAAGAAGUCUAGAGAAGGAAAAGGAAGCACGUAUCUUUGGGAGUUUCUAUUGGACCUGCUGCAGGAUAAGAACACCUGUCCCAGAUACAUCAAGUGGACCCAGCGGGAGAAAGGCAUCUUCAAAUUAGUGGACUCUAAAGCUGUGUCAAAGCUGUGGGGCAAACACAAGAACAAGCCGGAUAUGAAUUAUGAAACCAUGGGCAGAGCGCUUAGGUAUUACUAUCAGAGAGGAAUCUUGGCUAAAGUAGAAGGUCAGAGGUUGGUGUACCAGUUUAAGGAAAUGCCUAAAGACAUUGUAGUCAUUGAUGACGAAAAGUGUGACCCUGGUGAUGACAUAAGUGGCGAGAAGACCUACGAGCGUGUUCCUCCUUCAUCUGACACUCACAUGUUGACUACUGACCUCUCCAAAACACCUGCCAUCUUGAGAGGUGGUGGUAGGACUCUGGUCCAUCCAGGCUCCCCAAAAGCCAAAUCUGCGCUCGCGGCAUCUCCCAUUCAACGUAUUGUAACGGUCUCCGCCACACCGGACUCGACGACCCAUACCAUCAUCUCCAAUGCCAGUGCACCCAGGACUGUGCGGGUUGCUAUGCAAGUGCCAGUUGUCAUGACGAAUUCUUUGGGACAGAAGAUCUCCACGGUGGCCGUGCAGUCAGCGAAUCCGUCCAUCCUCACCACGGCACCCACCAACGCCGGAACGGCGACCGGCACGAACGCACCCAAAGUCUUGUUUCAGACCAUGCCAACAAUGGUGCCCGCCACAGCAGAGAACGGUGACAAAAUCACAGUUCAACUCGCUAAGAUAAUCACCAUUCCGGCUUCCCAGCUAACGCAGUGCCAGCUACAGGGCAAACCUGGCAGCCCCACAGGCAUCAAUUUGAUGGGUGCCCCCCUCGCCGUCCGAGCCCUCACACCCGUGUCUAUGGCGCCAGGCACGCAGGUGGUCAGACUGGCAAUGCCUGCCCACCAGAGUCCAGGUCAGACGAAGACACAGGUCCCCAUUUCAAUCCAGACGCAAGCUCAACUCCCAAUCUCCGUCCAGACGGCGUCCCAUCAGAGCCCCACACAGGUCACGAUACCCGCUUCAGUUUCUGUUCAGAAUCAAGUGUCAGUUCCAGUUCAAAUCCAGAUUCAACAGAGCAAGGUUUCUCCGAGACCAAGGAGCACCGACUCCAAACCGGACAGCACUUCGAUGGAACGGGUGAUCGUGGUCCAGACGGGACCUGAGCAGGACAAUCCCACACGAGUAGAAGUGGUGGAAGAUUCAAAACCACAGCUUGAAGCAGUGCAAGCAGAGAGCUGAGGAGCGAAGCAUCGUCAGACACGAACAUUAAUAACUAAUCAAUACAGACACAAACUUACACCGGUUACUAUUCAAUCACACGCUGGGUGUUUUUCUACCCCGUACCGAACUAACUGGAGAUUAUUGUACAGUACAAGUGUGGUUUAAUUGUACAAAAUAUUACCAGGUAAAAACUCAACAAGCAGGCAUUGUUGCAAAGACUGCAUCAGCGCCGCAAUUCGCACAUCAUGUGGAUAAAAUCGACGUAAACGUCAAAGAAUUAUUGGAUAUCUGUUGUUUCAAUUAUGAAUUGGUAUAGGGACCAAUGUAAAGAUCACUACAGUUCUCCGACGAUAUUUUCGACACUAACCGUUAAAUAGAACACUAAAGUAAAUAGUAAAGUCGAAAAGCAAAUGUGAACUUUCGAGGAAGUGUAAAUUUGACUUUUUUUAAACUUGUAUAAAGAGUUUUUUCUUUUACGUUAAAAUUAUAACGCGAAACCAGCAGUUUCAUUUGAAGAUCACUGUGAACGCGCGCAGUUCUGCCGGUGUGCUGCCGUAUCACAGGAACUUUGAGUCGAUUCUUCCUCCACUUCUACUAAGGGAAGAAAUGAAAUGAACUUUGUAUAUAUGAAUUAUACAGUUUACUGAAUUUAUAAACAAUGCAGCCUUAGAAUCGUUUAUUUUUCGGUCUUGUUUUUUUGUAAGUCAAACUUAUUAAGCUUAUGUUGUGUUAAUCUCUUGUUUUUCCCCACACGUCGUACCGAGCACAGUAUUACUGGCAAACCAUCUUUUUGUAGUCCAUUUUUGAAGCUUUUGGAUGAAAACAAUCCGUACCAUUUGGUUCAUUGGUGUCCCAAGUCUAGAAGACUUGACCCUGUGGCAAUUUGUUGUCACCGAAGUACAGUAAAAGGUCAAUCGGCAGCAUGCACCCUCACUGCAAAUACAGACGUUUUUUUGCGCAUUUUCUUUUGCCAUUCGCUUUUUAUUACUCCUUUAGAGAGGGAGAACCGAGAUGUUUGUGUUCAGAAUAAUCUAGUUUGUAUAUUCAACAUUUGAAGUAUAUUCUAUUUUGUUGUACUCUUGUUUCAAAGUGUACUCAAGUAGAUUUUACUCUAAUAUAAAAAGUAUUCAUGACAUUUGA